AUGGAUGAACAACAACAACAAAACGACUCAAACUGUCCAGUAUGUGCAUAUCAGUUUUCCACUCCGGAUAAAGUUCCAAAAAUUCUACCCUGCUCUCACACGUUCUGCAGUCCGUGUAUUGACAACAUUAUAGCCGCCACCCCUUCAAAUUCAGAUUCCUCCGUUAAGUGUCCAAUCUGCAGGCAGGGCGUAUUUAUUCCGAAAGAUGGAGUUCAAGGAUUCUUUGACAAUUACUGUAAAUCCGCGCCACGGCAAGAAGAGACGUGUGACGUUUGUGGAGCGAGGGAGGUACGAAAACUGAAGCACUGCCAUGAAUGCAACAGUAUCCUCUGCAGCGUUUGCCAUAAAAGUCAUCAUCACAAGGAUGAGAAAAAAUUCGGCGAUGAGUCAGAGUGCUGGGUUCUAACAAACAGACCCUUCGUUGCCAAGUUUUCCCGUAAUGGCCAGGAGAUGUACAGAAAAUAUGUCCAAAAUGUAACAACCACAGAAAACAGCGUUCCUAUCUCGCUGUACGCGUACGAUGAUCGUCGGCUAUCAAAGAAUUACUAUAAAUUCUCAUUUCAUGACAAAAAUAUAAUUACACUGAUGAAACAUAUAAUAAAAAAUGACAGUGACAGUGAUGAAGUUCAAGAAUUCUUUGACGAUUACUAUAAUUCCGCGCCACAGCAAGAAGAGACAUGUGACAUUUGUGGAGCAAGGGAGGUACGAAAACUGAAGCACUGUCAUGAAUGCAACAUAUCAAGACCACCAUAUCGCAAUGAUUCUUUGAGUGAAAGUGACGAUGAAAGUGACGAAGACUUAGAAAAUCCCGACACCUUAAACCGAACAUUGUCCGACAUCAUCGAAGGCAAGUCCCCAGUCAGUGUCUUAACUUCCUCCCUUUUUGACAGUUCAUCCCCAGAGAAAAGCACAACAAAAUCCCCAGAGGAACUCUCCAAGAAUGGACAGAUCUCGGGGACAGAUCAGUGCAUCGAAACUUUGUCCCCAAUCUGUUCUCCCAGCAAACUUCAGAGUUCAGAGUUCAACAUUGACUGUGAUACAGAAUUAGGUCACUCAGAAAAUGGUGCUUUAUCAAAUUCUUUACAAAGUAACGGGACCGGUGCAAAUCUUGGUUUUUUUUUGUAA